AAAACUAUUAUAUUGAUUAAGGCCAUCCAUCGCCUCCGAGGGUGCAUUCCUCUCUCUCUUCCCUAUCCCUGGUCUUCUUCGGCGAAAUACCAUAAAAAACCCUAAUCGGAAUCUCUCUUCCGCCUCCCGAGUUUAUUUGAGAACCCUGGUAUCAAAUUAGGGUUUGGGAGCUUUUACAGGGUUUCUGUUUCAAUGGAUAAGCUCCAUACCUCUUGAUUUGGCUGGAUCUAACACAGUUUGCCAAGAAGGAAGAAAGGAAAAUGUAUAGAGGAGGCCUUGAUAGAUUUAAGAAAGCCCAAUCAUUGGAGCCAUUCUCAGUUAGCCUCAAUUCGGCUUCCAAAACUACUUCAGCUCCUAAACCAGCCCACCCUCAAGUCCAGUCACUGCAGCUGCAAAAUUCUCGCCCAACCCAUACUCAGCAUCAACAGCAUGUUGCCUCGAAACCAACCGGACCUGAACCGGUGGCUCCAGCUCUGCAGACCACUCAGGUUGGUGGAGGGCAAUCCACCUGGCAGCCUCCGGAUUGGGCUACAGAACCCCGUCCAGGGGUUUACUAUCUUGAGGUGUUGAAGGAUGGAGAGGUCAUCGAUCGGAUCAAUCUAGAAAAGCGGCGGCAUAUAUUUGGGAGGCAGCUCCCGACAUGUGAUUUUGUGCUAGAUCACCAGUCUGUGUCACGCCAACACGCUGCUGUGGUUCCCCACAAGAAUGGAAGCAUUUAUGUGAUUGAUUUGGGUUCAGUUCAUGGAACAUUUGUUGCAAAUGAGAGACUGACUAAAGAUAAUCCAGUUGAGCUUGAAGUUGGGCAAUCGCUACGGUUUGCUGCUUCAACCAGAAGCUACAUCUUAAGAAAGAAUACUGCUGCUCUUUUUCCCACCCCGACACUUCCUGCAGAAAUUAAUCUACCUUCCCCUCCAGACCCUUCUGAUGAAGAUGCUGUGGUGGCAUAUAAUACGACACUCAACCGUUACAGUGGUAUUAGUCAAUUGGAUCUUUCAUCCAAGUCUAAACAAUCUUCAGGCAAUGGGUCAAGUGAAACUGAUGAUAACCAUCUGUCAGGAAGGUCUGCCAAAAGAAUUAGGAAAGCAAGAGUAGCAUUUAAAGAUCAGAUUGGGGGGAAUCUUGUUGAAAUAGUUGGAAUUUCAGAUGGUGCAGAUGUGGAGACUGAACCUGGCCCUAUUGGUGUAAAAGAAGGCAGUCUUGUUGGGAAAUAUGAAUCUCUUGUACGGAUUACUAUUAUUCCAAAAGGAAAGGAGCAGGUAUCUCCAAGGGAAGACAGUACUUCUCCCAAGGGUGUUACUGAUAAGCUACAACAGGUCUUGAACAAAGUCAAAGGCACUCAAAAAAGUGGCAUUUAUGAUGAUCUAUAUGGGGAUUCCUUUUCUGGAAAGGUGGGCUCGUCCUGGGCAUACAAGCCUGAUGGGCAGGCAGGUAACACUAAAAGCGUUGAAGAAAAGCCCCUUAGUUCUGCUACUGAGAAAAAAAAUGGUAGUUCAGAGGAUGACAACGAUGAUCUGUUUGGUGACUAAUGAUGAUGCAUAAAAGCUUGUUAUUCUCUUAUCUGUUCAUUGAAUGAGUGUCUGAUGAGUUAUGCUUCAAAUGCACAUUUUGGGAAGCCAUGGUGGUAUAUGAAUUUUAUGUACCUGAGAAAUUUUGCUCUAGUUCCUCAUGAUCGUUUUGUAUGGGAAGACAUACACCAGAAAGGUACGCCUGGCUUGCCAAAAAUUAUUCUACAAUGAUAUGUUUGGGCUGUUCUCUGGUGGUGAACCUCUUACUUCUUUAAGUUCAAAGUGGGUUUACAUUUUCUCUCAUGAAUUGGUUAUUGUUUUUUGUGCCCCUGAUAUUUAGCAUUAUCUGAUAGGUUGUUUCAGAUUUUCAUA